AUGCCGCAAUUUCUAUUCGUCAACAAGGACGCCGACAGCGCCUCGUUGACUCGCAGCAAUUCCGGAGAACAAUCCUCGAUCAAUUCUCACGUUCAGCGAGGCCGCCGUCAUAAACGCUCCGCACACAAUCCUGGCCGUUCCGCCAACAGAACUCGGAGACCAUCUGGUCGAGACAAAGACAAACCUGACAAGGGCACUGAGGAGAAUGAUUCGCCUCAAGCAUCCGCCAGCAGCACCAAAACAGUUUCACCAGAGUCUGUGUCCAUAGACAAUAACUCAACCCCAGAAAGCGGGGUUGAUGGCCCCCAAACUUCAACGUUACCUUCUCGACCAAAUAAGCCCAACAACCUACCUCGCUCUGCCGAAUCAGACAGGGCUCAAGCAAAGACGAAUCGCCCUCAGAAAAUCAACCGCGUCCAUGAACGUGCUCCUGGCAAAAGGUCAGGCAGUGAUGAAAAGGCCGUUGUGCUUCUGAACUCUCCCCGACCUUCCGACUCUCCGAGAGACAUCAGUCAAGUGACGUCGAACUCCAUAGAUCCCUUUGGGCUGUCGGUCGUCACACUGAGUCCACAGGUGGCCAGUUUAUGUCGGUACUUCUGUGAGAAGUUCCAUCCGAGUGUCUUCUAUGCUGAAAGUUCCACUCUUUCGGGUCAAUAUACCCAUCAGAGUGCGGCGCUGGCGGCCAUUCAGCGCGCAAUGCAGAAUGAAGUCGAGAUGAACGCAAUCUUGGCCUGCAUGGCCGCCCGGAUUGAAAAUGUCGACAUGAUUCCUAGCCAAGGGACGGACAAGUUUAUGGGAAAUGCGCUGGUGGCGAUGAGACGAAAUUUCACUGCCCUCAGCUCGGCAUCGAAGCACCAACUGCUUCUCAUCAUCUUCCAUCUUUACGCCGGUGAGGCAUAUCGCCAAAAUUGGAAGGCCGCAAGAGUACACAUGCGUGCGGCGAAAUCAAUGUUUGAUUCAUGGGGUGGUUUGGACUAUGUACCGGAUCAUCACAUUCGAGAGCUAUUUAUCAUUGGCGAUGGAAACGUUGCUGCAUGUGUGCUUGAACCCUGCGAAUUGCCGUGCAGCCAUGAUCCGGGCCCAUACUGGACUGUCACACCCACUGAGUUCCAAUUGGCCCCACCGCAGGACCUGAGCCACAUCGCCCCGGCUCUGCAAGACAUACUGACUGACGGCUACCUUCCCGACGAACUGAUUGAGGCUAUCCUCGAGACUGUCGAGUGCACCUGGGUACUCACCCACGCGCAAACAGAUUCGCCAGAGGUCAAAAAACAUGCUGCGAGGUGGCUUCUGUGGCGGAACUCGGCUAUUCGAUGGCGACUUUUGGCCAUGAAAUACCCAGAUGCAACUCACGAUGCUAUUCGGAUCGCCUUGUUGAUGUGGAUUCUGACAUCCAUGGUAUUGCUCGGUCUGAAGAGAAUCGGAAACCUAAUUGCGCCUAAAUUGAUGUUGGUUCUGAAAGUAGGCAGAUGGCCGUAUGAAUGGCAAGGUCUGUUCGAGCUUAAGAUGUGGGUUCUGACGAUCGGCGCGAUGUGCUCUGUCAUUGACAGCGAUGAAGAGAGAUGGUUUGUGGAGCAGAUCUUUGAGAUUGGAUUGGCAGACAACAUCCGGCGUUUUAGGGAGACGAGUCCAGAUAUGGAGACCGUGGAUGUCCUCACGCGAUUUCAAGAAAGGUUUUUCUACUAUGAGCCUAUUCAACGACCGAGGUUGGAAAGACUGGCGCAGCUCAUUCAUGGCUCCCGAGACUUUGGUUCGAGUUCAGCAUCCAUGGGCACGAGGAGCAGUUUCAGCGAUGUGGGAAGAAAAUCUCGAUCUCCCACUUGA